AUGGCCAAGGACUUGGCAAAGAAGAAGCUCUCUCCUGCCAGCGAGACUGCUGCUGCCAAGGGAAGUAAAUCCAACUCGUCUCGACAAGGAGGCAAAAAGAUGGACAAGGCGGUUCAAGCUACGGUCGAUGCUUUGAUCGACCAACUCCUUGACCAUAUCAGCGUUAAGGUUGCAGCGGCCAAGGAUGGUAUCACCUCGCGAACAUUCGUGGGCAUUAGGGACUCGUCUCCCAUCCAGAUGCUGGACUACGUGUACAGCUAUAUGGCGAAGGCUGCCAUGGCAAGCAGGCUUUUCUAUGAUGAGUUUUAUCCCACGUUGGAAGGCAUUCAUAAAGGGUGGCAACUGGCGGAGACAAUGAAGGAGGAUACUCUGGCCAGGGCCGAGGUUGCGGAGAAGGAGAAAAAAGCCAAACAGAGAGAGGUUGAUAGGAAGAAGACUGAAGCUCAGGGAAUGGCCUACGUAUACUCGGAUGAUUCUGAGGAUGAGGGUGAGGGCUAA